AUGGGUGUUCCUCCGCCGUCAGCCGCCAUGAGGAAUUUCCUAAAAAUUCUUACUGUUAUUCUUGUCUUCUUCUUCUUCAUCUCAAUUAUCUUUACAUUCCAAGGUCUCUCCCUCCUUCCUCUGUCUUCCUUCAAACAAUCUUAUGCUGCGAGUCACAACACCACUACCAAAGACUAUUCAGCCGGGCUAACAAAGCUUCGGUCUCUUUACUUGUAUUUUGCCCUCGUUUAUCUGUGUUUUCUAGGUUGUUGGAUCUUCGUAUGCUUCAAGAACUAUCCAUCUUUUCACUGGAUUCAUUUACUAAUGGGUAUGUUGCUUAUUAUGAAGGGGCUUAACUUACUAUGUGCAUCCGAGGUCCAACAUUCCAUAAAGGUUACAGGUACUCCUCCGCAUGGAUGGAAUGUCUUGCUUUACAUAUUUCCGGUUAUCAGGACCAUGCUUCUUUACACUGUGAUCGCGAUCUCUAAGGGGUGGUCUUUUCAAGUAAUGCUCUUUUCAAUGAUUCUCAUUCCACUCCAAGUUUUGUCUACGUUUGCUUUUCAAACGGCACUUCACGUUUUACUUGAGAACUCCUUUUCGGACUUGGGUAUAUGGAUGGCAGACCACGUUUGUCAGGUCUUGCUAACUGGAUUUGUGAGUCGCAAGACUUUAGAGAUUGGUCAGGCAGUUAAGAGUUAUUUGGCACACUUCAUUCUAUAUUCGCUGUUCUAUAUAGUGCUUAUUGUGUACUCCAUCAAUGUUUUUGUUUACGGAGUUGGGAACAGUGUAAAUUGCAAUUACUUAUGGGCAAUGGCAGCAGAAACAAUCAGUCUUUUGUUCUAUAUCAUAAUGUUUUCCUUGUUCCGGCCAUUUGAGAGAAACGAAUAUUUAGUUCGACUUAAUCUUCAAGUACCCGUGGUGCCUGUCCGGGAUUAG